UACAUCCACAGAAAGAACAAAGAUCAAGGCUGCCUAAUUGCUGAAAUGUUGGGACACGCUGAGAGAGUGUCCCUGGUUCUGUCUGUCACUGAGUUUACUCUGGGAGUUCUGGGGAAUGGUUUCAUUGGGUUGGUCAAUGGUAGCAGCUGGUUCAAGAGCAAGAGAAUCUCUUUGUCUGAUUUCAUUCUCACCAACCUGGCCCUCUCCAGGAUUGUUCUGCUGGGGAUUCUCUUAACUGACGGUAUCUUAAUAGUGUUCUUUUUCAAAGUCCACGAUUCAAGAAUAAUAAGGCAAUUGAUUGAUAUUUUAUGGAUAUUUACAAACAAUCUGAGCAUUUGGCUUGCCACCUGUCUCAGUGUCCUCUACUGCCUGAAAGUUGCCAGUUUCUCCCACCCCACAUUCCUCUGGCUCAAGUGGAGAGUUUCCAGGGUGGUUGUGUGGAUGCUGGUGGGCUCACUGCUCUCAUCCUGUGUCAGUGCCAUGUCUCUGAUCCAUGAAUUUAAAGUCUAUUCUGUCUUCCACGGAAUUGAUGGCAAAGGGAACGUGACUGAACACAUCAGAAAGAAGAUUAAUGAAUAUGAGCUGAUCCAUGUUCUUGGGACUCUGUGGAACCUCCCACCCUUAAUUUUGUCCCUGGCCUCCUAUUUUCUGCUCAUCCUCUCCCUGGGGAGGCACACACGUCAAAUGCAGCAAAAUGGUACCAGCUCCAGAGAUUCAAGAACGGAGGCCCACAAGAGGGCCUUAAAAAUCAUACUCUCCUUCUUCUUUCUCUUCCUACUUUACUUUCUUGCUUUUUUAAUUACAUCAUCCAGUCAUUUCCUACCAGAAACUAAGAUGGCUACGCUGUUUGGUGAAGUAAUUACAAUGUUUUAUCCUGCUGGACACCCAUUUAUUCUCAUUCUGGGGAACAGCAAGUUGAGGCAGAUGUUUGUGGACAUGCUCCGGUGUGAGUCUGGUCAUCUGAAGUCUGGAUCCAAGGGACACUUUUUCCCAUAG